AUUGAGCUGUAGCUGUGCCCUGGGGUUCUUAUCAGGUCCCACAUGUCUAAUUUAUUUAACUGCCCAAACUUGCCGGGGGUGAAGGAGGGUCUACUCAGAUGAGGUUCCUUGAUGGCCCCUGGCCCAGAACCUCCAACCCUGGCUACGCCUAGGGAAGCGGGAGGCUGUCGGUCGGAGAAGGACCACGCAAGAGUCCGACCCGCGGUGCCCAGCACCUGCCCUAGUGGGUGCGUUGUCUUCCUGGGCAGGGUGCUGGCUCCUCCUGCGGUAGCCACGCCCGCAGCAGUCUCGGUCCCUUUAAGAGACGCCGGCCGGCCUUCCUGCUGCCUCCGCCAUGGCCGCGCUGCAGCUGGAGGACAAGCUGACCUGCGCCAUCUGCCUGGGGCUCUACCGGGACCCGGCGACUCUGCCCUGCGGCCACAACUUCUGUAGGGCCUGCAUCCAGGACUGUUGGCGCCGCUGUCAGAAAGAGUGCCCCGAGUGCCGCCAGCCCUUCCCCGAUGGCGCGGAGCUGUGCCGCAACGUGGCGCUCAGCGACCUGCUGGAGUUGCUGCGCCCCGGCGCCGGCGCGGACCCCCGUGCGGACCCCGGCGCUAGGGCGCGCUGCCCGCGCCACGGGCGUCCGCUCGAGCUCUUCUGCCGCACUGAGGGCCGCUGCGUGUGCAGCGCCUGCACCGUGCUGGACUGUGACCUCCACGAGCGGGCGCUGCUGGACGCUGAGCGCCGCGAGCGCGAGGUCCAGCUGAGAGCCAAGCUGGAGAUCACCCAGCAGCAGGCCACUCAGGCCAAGACCCAGCUCCAGGAGCUGCAGCAACAAAGCAGCCAGAUCCAGAACUCAGCCUGCAAUCUGAUCUCAGUGGUCUCUGGCAAGUUCAGCUGCCUGCUGCAGGCCCUGGAGAUACGGAGGGCCAUGGCGCUGAAAGGCAUCGAGACUGCCAAGACACAGGCACUGACACAGGCCCAGGAUGAGGAGCGGCGGCUGCACAGCCACCUGGAGGCCCUGGCUCAAUAUGGCUGCAGGGUACAGGGUCUCCUGGAGCAAGUGGAUGACCACACCUUCUUGCAGGAGUCACAGCAGCUCUUUGAGCCCCCAGAACCCCUUGGGCCACUGACCCCUCCACAGUGGGAUGAAGACCAGCAGCUGGGUGACCUAAAGGAGUUGCUGAGCCUGCUUUGUGGCCUUCUCCUGGAAGAGGGGCACCCCUCCAGAGUGCCAGCCAAGACUGCUGACUCGGGCCCUCUGGAGGCCCCGCGUCCCCUGGCACAGGUCCCAAGCACACGCAUGCUGUGUCCGCUGAGGAGGGAACUCUGGCAGAAUUAUCGCAAUCUCACCUUUGACCCAGAUAGUGCCAAUCGCCACUUCCUCCUGUCCCACCAGAACCAGCAGGUGAAGCACCAUCGCCAGCCCCAGGGCCCAGCCCGGCCAGGGAACUUUGAGCUCUGGCAGGUGCAGUGUUCCCAGAGCUUCCAGGCUGGACGGCACUACUGGGAGGUGCGUACUUCUGGCCACUCAGUGACCCUGGGUGUCGCCUACCCAGAACUGAUGCGACGCAAGCAGGGAACCCACACAGACAACAUCGGCCGUGGACCCUCGUCCUGGGGCCUUUGCGUACAGGAAGACAGCGUCCAGGCCUGGCACAAGGGAGAGGUCCAGCGCCUCCCCAGCUUGUCUGGGCGGCUGGUGGGCAUGGAUUUGGACCUGACCUCAGGCUGCCUUGCUUUCUACAGCCUGGAGCCGCAGACUAAGCUCCUGCACACCUUCCAUGCCCUCUUCAACCGGCCCCUUUGCCCCGUUUUCUGGCUCCUGGAGGGGAGGACCCUCACCCUGUGCCAUCAGCCUGGAGCCGAGCUCCCUCCAGGGUCCCAGGAAAAGAGCUCAGGUCUCAGCUGAGGAAGGCACAGGGUGGAACUCUUGGCUAUGGACAGGUACCACUGUGCCUCGUAUGCCUAGGUGCAGGCCAGCCUCUGACCUGGGGACCUGAGGCCAGAGUCUAAAACAACAAGGUAUUGGCCUCUGUUGAGUCAGAGGGAGGCAAUGGGGAGCCCCAACCGAGUUUCCUUUCCAGCUACUUGGAAGGAAACGGGCCAGAAGGGGAUGAAAUAGGAGACCCUAUCCCCGAGCAGAACCUAGUUCUUAGCAUUACCUGGGCCUGGCACACUAGAGCAGCGCGCGUGUAGCCUUCCAGGAGAGCAUGUGGGACCAAAUAAGAUCUAUCAGCCCUAGUUUACCUGCCAGGAGACCAUGCAGAUGGAAGGAUCGGUCAGCACGUGGGCAAGUGAGCCACAAACGACUCCAAGAAACAUUCUAAUGACUCAAAUUUAUUUUCCCAUUAUUGAACAUUUAAAUUGUUUUAUUUUUGGCUAUAAAAGUAUUGCUGAUGAAUACUUUUAGCAGGAAUUUUUGGCCAUAUUUAUGGUUAGGCUAAAUUCCUAUAGUAAACUUAUUUGUCAUUAA